CCGCUUUCGUUUCCGGGUCAUGGAGCAAAUGGUGUCUGCAUCAGGCGUGCGGCUGAAUUAAAAAGACAACCAUGUCAUCUGUAGAAGAGAAUUUCCCUCGAGGUGGCGUGCAAAACAAAGGACAAGAAGGAAAAUCAGCCAGACAGCCAAUAGUAGACCAGGAUAAUUUAUUCAAAACACAACAUGAAGAGGUAACUCAGAAAAGAAAGAAGAAACAUGAAGAUCAAGCAAAGACCAAAAAACUCAAGAUUGAGAAAAAAACUGUUGUAAAAACCGGAAUUAAGGAUGUUGAACUUCUGACAGCUGAGUCUCUCACUGAAGGGGUACUUCUCUUAGGAUGCGUGAAAGAGUCUAAUCAGUUUGAGCUGGUGAUUAGCUUACCAAAUGGGCUCACUGGAUUUGUGCAAGUAACACACAUAUGUGAUGCCUACAACAUAAUGCUAAAUAAGCAAGUGACUACAGAUGAGCACUUAGAGGAUCUGAACAGUCUCUCAGACCUAUUCUCUACUGGAAUGCUGCUCAGAUGUGCUGUGGUUGGUGUGGAGAAGACAGCUGGAGGACGUCAGAGCAUACAGCUCACGAUUAACCCCAAAGAUGUCAACAAGGCUUUGAAUGCUGCAGGUCUGAGACCAGGCAUGCUGCUCUCUGGAUGUGUCUCUAGCGUGGAAGAUCAUGGUUACCUUAUUGACAUAGGUGUCCCUGCGGCAAAAGCUUUUCUUCCUCGUCAGAAGGCCCAGUCUUACCUCCAGUCAACCAAGAAAGGGACUGAACUGAAGAUAGGACAAUACCUGAACUGCCUUAUUGAAGAAGUAAAGAAUGGUGGGAGGAUAAUCCGCAUGUCCAUCAAUAAGUCUGAGGUUGCUGCAGCCAUCGCAACAGAAGAACAGAACUGGUCACUCAACAACUUGCUGCCUGGUCUGGUGGUGAAAACCCAGGUUCAAGAGGUGACUUCUUCUGGGAUUUCUGUAAGUUUUCUCUCUUCCUUUACUGGAUUUGUGGACUUCAUGCACAUGGGCUCUCUGAAAACAAGGAACUACUCACCAGGUCAGAUGUUGAAAGCCUGUAUUCUCUCCAACAAUCCCACCAGCAAGGCAAUACGCCUCUCUCUGCGUCCAGUUUUCCUUCAGCCUGGUACCCAGCUUAGCCAACUUUCCAGUGAUCGGAUAGGCUUAGUAGUGGCUGACUCAACAGUGGAGACCUUUCUCAGAAAGAUUGGUGCCAUCUUUAUGCUGGAUGACGGCACUCUAGCUUUUGCACAUCUAAAACAUAUGUCUGAUUCUCCCAAAUCGUUCAAACCUGAGAUGUUUAAGCCUGGAAGCAAGCAUAAAUGCCGAAUUAUUGAUUACAGCUCAUUGGAUGAUGUGGUGCUAGUGUCUCUCAAGCGAUACAUUAUUGAUGCUCCGUUCCUGAGAUACCAUGAUAUCCAUCCUGGCCAGGUGUUGGAAGGUACAGUGUUAACUCUGAAGCCCUUUGGUAUGCAAGUGAAGGUGACUGCUCACAUCAGUGGCCUGGUCCCCAGCCUGCAUUUGGCAGAUGUGCUUCUGAAACAACCAGAGAAGAAAUACAGUGUGGGGACCACUGUCAAGUGCCGGGUGCUUGUUUCCAAUCCUGAAGCAAGGAAGCUUGUUCUGACACUUAAGAAAACACUCGUCAAUUCCCAACUUCCUGUCCUCGCCAGUUAUGAAGAUGCAAAGCCAGGCCUGAUUACCCAUGGGUUUGUUGUAUGUUCACGGGAGUUUGGCUGCAUUGUGAAAUUCUACAAUGACAUAAAAGGUCUGGUCCCCAAGAAUGAGCUUGGUGUGGCACCCUUUACUGUUCCUCAGGAAGCCUUCUAUGAAGGCCAGGUGGUCAAAGUGAUUGUCUUAAAAUGUGAGCCUGAGCAGGAGAGGCUGCUGCUCUCAUUCAAGCUGACAAAGAAUGCAGAGAAUGGUAAAGAGGAGACUUCAAAGAAACGAGAAGUGACAUAUGAAACUGGGCAGGUUGCUGAUGUGAAAAUUCUGAAGAAGAGAGAAGAUGGCCUAGAAGUUACAAUCUUGCCGGACAACCUUGCUGCCUAUCUUCCCAUGAUGCAUCUUUCUGACCAUGUGUCCAAUAGCAAAUUGUGGUGGCAUUGGCUCAAAGGAGAUGAUAUUCUCCAGAGAGUUAUAUGCCUCCAUGACAAGGGAGGUCAUAUUACCCUGAGCAGAAAGCCAGCAGUGAUUUCGGCUGUAGAGAAGGAACAAGUGGUGAAGAGCUUCUCUGAUAUCCACCCUGGAUUGCUGCUGACUGGUUUUGUGAGAAACAUCAUGCCGUAUGGAGUUUUUGUGGAAUUUCCAUAUGGUUUGACAGGGCUGGCACCCAAGUCGGCAAUGAGUGACAAGUUUGUGACGGACCCCAAAGACCAUUUUGUGAUUGGUCAGACUGUGGUUGCCAAGGUGACCAGCAUUGAUGAGGAGAAGCAGCGCAUCUUGCUGUCCCUGAAGGUGUCUGAGUGCGCCUCUGAGGACUCUGUUUCUGAAAGCUUCUCCCUGUUUCAUCAGUAUUUUAAGGAGCUGCAGGAGAUCAAGAGCAUCAUGGGAAAAAGGGAUGAUUCCAUUGUGGCCCAGAAACUCUGUGAAUUAAAACUUGGGCAGAAACUGGAGCUGGUGGUUUAUGAAGUCAAUGCAGAUGGCUCAGCAAUUUUCAGUGGUGCCUGUGUUUCUGGGUUGACUGUAAUGGCCACUCACAGCCACCUUGGAGGCAAAAACAUUGUUCCGGGUGAAAAAGCAAGGGCUGUGGUUCUCUGCAUUGAUUUUCUGAAAUCAAAUAUCUAUGUGUCUCUUCGAGAGGAGCUGCUGUCCCCCAAACCCAAGAAGUUAACCCCAGACUCUCAACACCAGGCCAUUGUGCAGUAUGUGGCUACAGAGCAUGCAGUUGUUUCAUUGGUAGGAACAGGUCAGCUGAUCGCCAUCUCUGUGGCUUCCCAUUUCAAUGACACAUUCCGGUUUGAUUCUGAAAAGCUGAAGGUGGGACAGUCAGUCACAGUGGUUCUGAAAACUACACAGACAGGUGACCUUGGGAUCUUGCUUGCUGUGCAAAGUCCAACGAAGAGAAAGGCUGUCAUCAGGUCUCGACAUGCAUCUGAGUCGGUAGAGGAGGCCUCGGCCAUGGUGAAACACUCACUGUGUGUGGGAGAUGUGGUCAAAGGAACUGUGAAGUCUGUCAAACCUACCCAUGUCCUAGUCGCAAUUGAUGAUCGCCUGACCGGCUCUAUUCAUGCAUCCCAGAUCCUGGAUGAAGUUUCCCUGGAGACUUUUCCAACAUCAAUGCUAAAAGUUGGGCAGAAGGUGACUGCUCGGGUCAUUGGGGGCAGAGAUAUUAAAACUCACAAAUAUUUGCCCAUUACCCAUCCCCACUUCACCCAUACAUGCCCAGAGCUCAGUAUCCGACCAAGUCAGCUGAAAGAGGACAGCAAAACAGCAUUAGGCCUCGAAGAUGGCAAUCUGGAAGAAAUGUUGAAACCCUUCAAACCUGGGCACACGGUGACCUGUUUCGUGAAGAAGUACAAUCUUAUAAAGAAAUGGCUGGAGGUGGAGGUCACUCCUAAUAUUAGAGGGAGAGUUCCACAGCUGCUCCUUUCCCUGAACACCCGGGUUUUAAAACAUGCAAGUAAAUACUUCAAAAAUGGACAGGCUUUGGCUGCCACCGUAACAGGCUCUGAUAUCACUGGGAACAAACUCUUCCUGUCACUAUCAGGAGUUCACUCUCUGGAGAAAGGAACCCUCACGCUAGGCUGCGUGACAAAGUUGAUUCCACAUGUUGGCCUGACCGUUGCGCUUCCCUUUGGAAAGUCGGGCAAAAUCAGCCUUUUCCACCUGAGUGAUUCAUAUGCUGAGCAGCCACUAGAAAAUUUUAAUAUUGGAAAAAUUGUCAGAUGCUAUGUCCUUUCCAAUGAAGAUAAUAGAAUGGAACUGUCCCUCCGGCAAUCCAGAAUAAAUCCCAAGAGCCAUGGGAAGGUGGAAGAUCCUGAAAUCAUGGCCCUUGAUAAUAUUCAGAAGGAUCAGCUUGUCAGAGGCUAUGUCAAAUCAAUCACACCGUCGGGAAUCAUGUUUGGAUUGUCUAACUCUGUUGUGGGUCAAAUCCCACUGCAACGUAUCACCCCUCUCUUCGUACCAGAUCAGUCAUUGUAUGCGAAAUAUAUACAUGUAGGUCAGCUCCUCACCGCCAAAAUCUUCAGUGUAAGUAAAGAAGGUAACCUUGUGGAGCUCUCACUCCUUCCUGAAGACACUGGCAAACCAAGCAUUAUUCCAGAGUCCCUGGGCGCGUCACAUGGUGAAAUGGACAAACGGUCCAAGAAGUUGAAAAAGCAAAAAAGAAGAAGCUUCGAAAGUGAGCAGGAAGCAAAGCCAGCAAAGAAGAGAGCUCGUUGCACUGAAGAUAAUGAUAGCGGUGUUGAGGUGUACUCUCGGGAGGAGGAGGAGGAAGAAAGGUGUGAGAGGAAAUCUAAGGGAAAAGAACUACCAAGGUUGAAGGUUUCAACCAGCUUUACAUGGGAGGAGGGCUUAAAUGUGCUGGAUGCAGCUGUGUUGAAACGGAGGGAGCAGAGCUCUGACAGUGAGGAAGAAGAUGGUACAACGUCCACGACCAAGAAGCAAACAAAGAAGGAAAAGGAACUGGAGAAGCAGAGGGCAGAGAAGGAACUCUCCAAACUAGAAACCGCCCUGAUGGAUCCCAACCGGCAGCCCCAGACAGCAGAUGACUUUGACCGUUUGGUCCUUGGCAACCCUGACAGCUCCAUCCUCUGGUUGCAGUACAUGGCUUUUCACCUCCAGGCUACAGAGAUCGAGAAAGCCAGAGCGGUGGCAGAAAGAGCACUCAAAACCAUCUCCUUUAGAGAGGAGCAAGAGAAGCUGAAUGUGUGGGUCGCCCUGCUGAACCUGGAGAACAUGUAUGGCACAGAGGAAGCGCUGAUGAAAGUCUUUGAAAGAGCCAUUCAGUACAAUGAGCCUCUGAAGGUCUUCCAGCAGUUGGCAGACAUCUACGAUAGCUCUGAGAAAUACAAGGAAGCUGAUGACCUGUACAAUACAAUGCUAAAGCGCUUUCGUCAGGAAAAGUCUGUGUGGGUGAAGUAUGCCACAUUCCUCUUGAAAAGAGGCUUGAUGGAAGUGGCUCACAGGCUCCUCCCACGUGCCCUGAAGUGCUUGCCAGACAAAGAACAUGUGGAUGUGAUUUCAAAGCUCGCACAGCUGGAGUUCCAAUUUGGUGAUCCAGAGCAUGGCAAGGCCCUUUUUGAGAAUACCCUGAGCACAUAUCCAAAACGGACAGACCUGUGGUCCGUGUACAUAGACAUGAUGAUAAAACAUGGCAGCCAAAAGGAAGUCCGGGAUAUUUUUGAGCGAGUAAUACACCUCAGUCUAGCAGCAAAGAAGAUGAAAUUUUUAUUUAAGCGGAACCUAGAGUAUGAGAAGAAGUAUGGCACAGCAGAAACAGUUGAGGCUGUGAAGGCAGCUGCCCUGGAAUACGUGGAAUCCAGAACCAAUCUUGCUGAGAGCUAACUUCUGAAGCAGACAGACUUUGGUGUCUUGCUUGCAAUCCCUGGACAUGGAGGAGUGAAACAUACUGCUGUUAUAGGAAGGAGAGCAUUCCUGCUUGCUGCAUGUCCUGAUGGUCUCAGCAGCAAAUUGGGUUAGACAGGACCAAGUCACCAUGGCUUAUCAAGAACUAUAUAAGAACACCCCUGUAAAUGUUGAUACUUUUUGUACCUUCCCAAAACAUUUAAAUAUAAGAAUUUAAGUUUGGAGCUUUAUUAAAUACUGAUUUGUGAAAAAAAA